AUGUCUACCGGUGCGUCUACACCGUCCGUGGAAAUAUCACCAAACUCUUCAGUAACGUCAAUAGAAAAUUCUGAGAGGGAAGAACCGCGACGGUGUAAUAACAAUAAUGAUAGUCCAAGUGGAAUUCCUGUUACUGAGCCCAGUGAGUCCAGUGAACCCAGUGAACCGAGUGAAGGUACAACUGACCAUUCACAACAGCCACAACAAUUUCAGUCUCAGUCACCACCACAGCCACUUGUAAAAGAACAACCGGUCGACCAACAACAACGUUCGUCUCCUCCAAAAAAAUCUUCUCAUGCUAAAAAGUUAGUAGAUAAGUUUGCCACAUUUUCCCCGAUGAGGAAUAAAGGAUCCGAUCGAAAAUUAAUAGUAGAAACUGCUUAUAGCAACUAUAACGUAAAGAAAGAGAAAACUCAAAAGAAGAAAAAGCGUAUCACCGAAGGGAUGUCAAAAGCAGAUAUAUUUGCUGCAAGUGUGGCUAGUGCUGUUGAUGCUGCUGAUGAGGAAGUAUAUUUUACUUAUAGUACUAGUAAUUCUCGUACUCCCUCUUUGACCAGUCUAAAUGGCAUGGCUGCUCCCUUAUCAAAUCCAAAUAUCUUUCAAGACAAUCAUAACCUUGCCCAACAAUUCCAAAUCCCACCUAGUGUAUAUCAUUUUUCUACUCCUACCCCUUAUCGUACAUAUAACACUUUUCCUCAUCGUUCUCAUUUUCCUACUGGAUUUUAUAAUAACACUCCGGCUCCGGAAUCUGUUGAUAUAAUUCCUAAUCAUUUAAAAAAUGAUUCCCCAAAUGAUAAAAGUAGUAAUAAGCCAACCGGUGUAAUGCGUUCUUCAUUACCCGAUAUGUCUCAAUAUGUAAAAGACGUAACAAUCAAAGACAUAACGAAUGUUCUUACUGCUGAUAAAGAAUUAAUGUUUGAUAUUCAAGUAAAAGGUCGUAAUUUCGGUUUAUUGGAUGUAGAAAUUAUCGAUACUGAUCUUAACGUAUUUGCCACUCCUAUUCCUACUGGAAUUCCUGGUGGUCCUGGAAGUCAUUGGGAUGAUGAUAUUAUGACAAAUCCUUUAUCUAUUCAUGAAUCGGCUCCUAGUGAAUUUUUGGGUACUAUACUGGCUUUGGAUGAACCUUUGAUCUUUCCUUCAGGAAUUAAUCGUACUGGUGUGAUCAGUACUCCUACUGGUCAGGUUAGAUUGAAAAAUCCUGGUGGUGAUGAUAAAGCAAUUGAUGGUACUGAAGAUUCUUUAGAUAAAGAUGGUAAAAGUAGGAUAAUAAGGGGCUUGAAUACAAAUUUGGUAUCAGGUCAAUGUGGUGAUUGGGAUAAAGAACAAGAAAAUAAAAUUUUUAUGUCAUUAAUAUAA